ACCUUAUAUAUUGUGACACAGGACCCAUCAUACCAACAUGGCAGCCAACAGUAGAAAGUCUGUCCUGUUUGUGUGCCUGGGGAACAUCUGUAGGUCUCCCAUUGCUGAAGCUGUCUUCAGGAAGAUGGCUACAGACAAGGAUGUUGUGGACGAGUGGAGGAUAGACAGUGCUGCAACCUCGACCUACGAGAUAGGCAGCUCCCCUGACCACCGCGGCCAAGCCUGCAUGAAGAAGCAUGGUGUACCCAUGAUGCACAUUGCCCGGCAGGUGACUAAGGAAGAUUUUACAAACUUCAAGUACAUUCUCUGCAUGGAUGAAAGUAAUAUGAGUGACCUGAAUAAGAAGGCAAAGUCGGUGAAAAACAGCACCGCUAAGAUUGAGCUGCUGGGCUCGUACGACCCUGAGAAACAGCUGAUAAUCAAAGACCCUUACUAUGGGGGUGAUGAAGACUUUGAAAAGGUGUAUGAACAAUGCGUGAGAUGCUGUAAAGCCUUUUUGGAAGCCAACUCCUAACAACAUUCAAGCUCUGACAAGGAUCAACCUAAAUACUCUUGAACACGCCUUGAGUUUCUUCUCCAUACUUGCUGAAGCCCGAUAUAUACCAAAACACAAAUGGACAAACAUGAAUUCAUUUAGAAUUAUGCAGUAAGUGUGUUAAUAAAAACGUUUUUCAAUUGAUGGAAACGAUGGUUUCCCCCAUUUGGAUAUCAUCAGGUGACUACGUCUGCAAUAUGGCUAGAUUGAUAAGCAGGCAGGAUGCAAGGUAUUACACUUGCCCAUGUCCCUUUUUGUUGCCUAUAAAUCCACUUGAAAGAGAAAAUAAUAAAAUAUGAAAUGGAGAUAUUGUUAUGCACGUUAUUAAAGUAGUUGAAAACUAAACACAAUGUUCACCCUUUGACAAAACACUUCAGUAUGGUUGCUUGACUGGUGAUCUUUUGAAGUUAAUAGGUAACAAAAGUUAAGGCUAGUCCAAAUGCUAAUCUUGGUGGGAGUAGUAACUCUUUUAGUCUAUUAAAUAGACUAGGAUUUGGUCUCUGAAUCCACAUAUAUUCUCCUUUAACAGUGUAAGACCAAGUAACUGAUGUAAAUUACUGUUAUGAGCUUUACCUUUGUCAUUCAGAAUAAAGAUUAAUGACUGCA